CGGGAGUCUGCGCGCAGCAUCUUUCUGUGCGCUCAGCUAACAAUAGCCUGGGAUUGGCAAGUUUGCCAUCGAAAGCGAAGCACGAGAGACAGAACGGAGCGGAAAAAAGAGUUCCCUGAAUAUAUGAGACCCGCUGCGUCCCGGUGUCUAAGACCUUCAGCCAGCACUCUGUCUUUGUCUUCGGCCAGAUAAGUGCCGGCUGCAGCCUAGCUGAAGAUGUCUGAUAAUGGGGAGGUCGAGGACAAGCCCCCAGCUCCACCUAUGAGAAACACCAGCACCAUGAUUGGCUCCUGUAACAAGGACACCGCCCCCCUCAACCACAGCUCAAAGCCCCUCCCCCCAAAUCCAGAGGACAAGAAAAAGAAGGACCGCUCCAUCAGAUUCAUCCUGACUGGUGGGAGUGAUAAGACCUAUAAGAAGAGGGAGCGUCCAGAGAUUUCUUUGCCAUCAGAUUUUGAACAUACCAUUCAUGUCGGCUUUGAUGCUGUUACUGGGGAGUUUACGGGGAUGCCAGAACAAUGGGCCCGGCUCCUGCAGACCUCCAACAUCACCAAGCUGGAGCAGAAGAAGAAUCCUCAGGCUGUCCUGGACGUUUUGAAGUUCUAUGACUCUAAAGAAACGGCCAACAGCCAGAAAUACAUGAGUUUCACAGAUAAAAGUGCGGAUGCUUUUAAUUCCACCAUAACAAGCUCAAAGUCUGUGUCAGAGAAGACCACUAUAGCAACCGUAUCUGAGGACGAGGAUGAAGAAGAGGCUGAACCACCGCCUGUUAUUGCUCCCCGACCAGAACACACCAAAUCGAUAUACACCAGAUCUGUGAUUGAGCCUCUGCCUCCUCCAACCAAAGAUGCUGCAACCUCUCCAAUCUGCCUGCCAACUGCUGCUGCUGCUGCUCCCACCCCUGUCACGCCUGCAGACGCUGCACCCAGCAGCCCUCCCAGUGCAAGCUCUGCCCCUAGGUCUUCGCUGCCUCGCCCCCAGGACAAAUCCCGAAAGAAAAAAAUGUCCGAUGAAGAGAUCUUGGAGAAACUACGGACCAUUGUAAGUGUGGGAGACCCCAAGAAGAAAUAUACACGCUUCGAGAAGAUCGGGCAAGGGGCGUCUGGGACUGUGUACACAGCCAUUGAUGUUGCUACAGGACAGGAGGUUGCCAUUAAACAGAUGAAUCUGCAGCAGCAGCCGAAGAAGGAACUGAUCAUCAAUGAGAUUCUGGUGAUGAGGGAAAACAAGAACCCAAACAUUGUCAACUAUCUGGACAGUUACCUGGUGGGUGAUGAGCUGUGGGUUGUGAUGGAGUACCUGGCCGGAGGAUCUCUGACCGACGUUGUCACAGAAACGUGUAUGGAUGAAGCCCAGAUUGCUGCUGUGUGCAGAGAGUGUCUCCAAGCCCUGGAGUUCCUUCACUCCAAUCAAGUCAUCCAUCGAGACAUCAAGAGCGACAACAUACUUCUGGGCAUGGAUGGUUCCGUCAAACUCACUGAUUUUGGCUUCUGCGCCCAGAUUACUCCAGAACAAAGUAAACGCAGCACCAUGGUCGGGACUCCGUACUGGAUGGCUCCAGAGGUUGUGACCCGCAAAGCCUACGGCCCCAAAGUUGACAUCUGGUCCUUGGGCAUCAUGGCCAUAGAGAUGGUGGAGGGGGAGCCUCCGUAUCUGAAUGAAAAUCCACUUCGGGCGCUGUAUCUCAUAGCAACAAAUGGUACGCCAGAGCUCCAGAAUCCAGAGAAAUUGUCGACGAUAUUUCGAGACUUCCUGAACCAGUGUCUGGAGAUGGAUGUGGAGAAGAGGGGGUCAGCUAAAGAUCUACUGCAGCAUCAGUUUUUGAAGAUGGCGAAGCCUCUCUCCAGUCUCACUCCUCUCAUUCUGGCUGCUAAAGAGGCCACCAAGAACAGCCGCUAGCCUGCCUUGCACUCAUACAUAUUUUUAAGUCUAUCACACUGUCCCUCUUUUUUUGGGGGGGUGGGGCACUGACAACUAGAGUCCCUUUAUUGAAGAGAGUGGUGUCAAUUCCGAACAUGGCGCCAUUUUGGUUCCAA